GAAGAUAAAGGCCAUUGAACAAAUCAGGAAAAUAGUUGGUCGAAAUUCAGGGAGUGAUCAGUGAUCUUCUCGCGACGCCUCUCAUAUCUCUCCAUAUACAGACAUGUGGUUCACAGUUCCUCUCGUGUACACUAAUUAAUGCAUGAAUUGAAUUUUCAAACUAAAUGUCUUGUUGGAUCAGAUGGCGGACAGACAUACGCAGUCCCGUUACGUUAAGUUGACGCGAAAUCAGAAACCUUCUGAAGAUAUCACACCUGGAGAACUCAAUCAACCUGUGGAAGUUCCUCAGUUGAAUGUUCAAAGAUGCUGUGAAUGUGGACAAGUGCUACCUGAAAGCUACGAGCCUCCUGCUGAUGAAGAUUGGACAACUGGAAUUUUUGGAUGUGCUGAAGAUACUGAGAGUUGCUGCACUGGACUCUUUUGCCCAUGUGUGUUGUUCGGUCAUAAUGUUGAAACAUUGAGAGAAGAAAUUCCUUGGACUAAUGCAUGUGUUUGUCAUGCCAUGUGCAUUGAAGGUGGAUUGACACUUGCAGGGGCCACUGCACUCUUCCAUGGAGUUGACCCCAAGACUUCAUUCCUCAUAUUUGAAUGUCUGCUUUUUGCUUGGUGGAUGUGUGGCAUCUAUACUGGCCUGUUUCGACAAUCAUUACAGAAGAAAUAUCAUCUCAAGAACUCACCAUGUGAUCCAUGCAUGGUUCAUUGCUGCAUGCAUUGGUGUGCUUUGUGUCAAGAGCACAGGGAGAUGAAAAAUCAUUUAGCAGAGAAUGCAGCUAGUGAAGAGGCUGUUGUUAACCCUCCACCAGUUCAAGAGAUGAACUCUGGUGAGAAAUCUGAGUCUGCUGAAUCUGCACCAUCUUCAAAUGAUGAACAUCACUGUAUCGAGUUGCAGUUGCAGCCAGUGUAGGGUUUUACCGUCAAUAUAUAGAGAGGUCACAGGAAGUUGCUGCCGGAAAAAAUGAUAAAUGACAGGUUACCUUGUGCAGGAACUCCAGAUAACUGCUAGUGAUGUAAUUCUUUUGUUUGUUAAAAUUGCUUGUUUGUUAUGCUAGGUAGUACCAAGAUUAAGGUCCUUAUUAAAAAGCCAUACUUUAGAUAGUAUAGUAUAAUUCUGUUAUGAUGGCAAAUCCAUCGUUAGGGCAAUUCGGUAUUUGUUGAAUUGAUUCAGUUUAAUAUAUAUAUAAAAUUUUAUUUAUAAUACUAACA